AUGGGCCUUGUGCUGCUCGGCACAUUCAUCAGCUUGAUGCAGUACGGCUGGACCGCUCGGCAGUGUUUUGAGUACUUCCGAUUCUAUCGUCACGACACCCUGCUUUUGAAGACAUGGGUUAUCGUAGUCUUUGUGCUAGAGACCUUCCAUUCCAUCCUCAGCAUGCAUAUAUGCUACUCCACUCUCGUGACGAACUUCUUCAGUCCCCAGAAUCUCAUAUCGGGACGUAGCUGGUCUUCGAGCGCGUAUGGUAUAACUACAGGAUUCGUGGUCAUCGCAUCACAGCUGUACUUCAUUCGCCGAGCUUGGCUAUGCACGUAUACGCCGGACCUCCUGGUAGAACACCCAAACGACUUCAUGGGUUGUGGAUUUCGCGUUCUGGUGAUAAUCGCUGCGAUCUCAGCCGUGUUGUUCAACCUUGGCACCAGCAUCGCGGCCAGCGUCAUCUCAAUCGUUGAUAUGGAGCAGAACGGCUUUGUUGACAGGCAUCUGGUUUGGCUGAGCACCCUUGGAAACGGCUCGAACGUGCUGGCCGAUGUUCUGCUCACGAUCACACUGGCGGUGUCGCUGCGUCGGAGCCGAACUGGGCUGGAGAGGACAGACUCUUUGAUCGACAAGAUCGUCUUGUAUGCUAUCACUACCGGGCUCUUGACGACUGUGUUCAACAUCCUCUCUUUCAUUUUCGCUCUCGUCCUGCCGCAGACGUACAUGUUCAUUCUGUUCUCCAUGAUAGCAACAAAACUCUACGCCACGUCGAUGCUCGCCGCCCUGAACUCGCGCCGCGCACUCGCGCUCCACCUCGGCGGCCGCAUCCCGACCUCGUUCGAGCUCUCCCCGAUCGACUUCCGCCGCCGGACCAGCGGCGACUUGCUCUCGCUCGGCGUCCUGCGCUCAGGCCGCGCCUGCGGGUCCCGUCCCGUCCUGAGCGACGAGCGAGAUGCGCUCGCCGGGCCCAAGACGGACUCGACCCGGACGGCGACCGACGACGGCGCGAGCACGCCCGCGCGCACGGUCGCGGCGGGCGGGAGGAGCUGGCACGACGUGGAGGACGCGGAGCGGCGGCACCGUCGAGCACAAGACGACGAUGGUGGCUAG